CGCAACACCCCGAAGGAAUGAGGUCACGUGGGGCGGGGCGGGGCCUGGCGGCGGCUGGAGGAGGGAAAAAAUAAAAAAAAAAGGAGGAAAAAAAUUAAAAAAAAAAGGAAAAAAAAAAAAAGGAGGAGGAAGGAGGGAAAAAAAAGGGGAAAAAAAAAAAGAAAACGAGCAGGAGGGAAAAAAAAAUAUAUAUAAAAAAAGGGCCCGUCCGCAGCGCGGAGCCGAACCGAGCCGGGAGCGGGGGGGCGGCCGCGGGGCCGCCGCUGCCGCCGCCACCAGGGAGGAUCCAUCACGGAGCUGCUCCAAAAUGCACAGGACCACCAGGAUAAAGAUCACCGAGCUCAACCCACACCUGAUGUGCGCCUUGUGCGGCGGCUACUUCAUAGACGCCACCACCAUCGUGGAGUGUCUGCACUCCUUCUGCAAAACCUGCAUCGUUCGCUACCUGGAGACGAACAAGUACUGCCCCAUGUGUGAUGUCCAAGUGCACAAAACCAGACCCCUCCUCAGCAUCAGGUCAGACAAAACCCUUCAGGACAUCGUGUACAAACUGGUCCCAGGGCUUUUCAAAGAUGAGAUGAAGAGGAGGCGCGACUUCUAUGCAGCCUACCCCGUGGCAGAGGUUCCCAAUGGGUCCAAUGAAGAUCGCGGGGAAGUCUCCGAGCAGGACAAGGGGAACCUGACAGAUGAUGAGAUCGUCAGCCUGUCCAUAGAGUUCUAUGAAGGAUCAAGAGAAGAGAAGAAAGGGACCGUUGAGAACGGGGACCUGGAGAAGGAGAAGAAGAACGGGCUGCGGUUCCUGCGCUGUCCUGCUGCCAUGACUGUCAUGCACUUGGCCAAGUUCCUCCGCAACAAGAUGGAUGUUCCCAGCAAGUACAAGGUUGAAGUCCUCUAUGAAGAUGAGCCCCUGAAGGAGUAUUACACCCUGAUGGACAUCGCCUACAUCUAUCCCUGGAGGAGGAACGGCCCCUUGCCCCUGAAGUACCGCGUCCAACCCGCCUGCAAGCGGCUCAAGCUGUCCCAGCCCAUCACCUCCGAGUGCACCAACACCAGCGGCGCCUCCGAGUGCGAGUCGGUCAGUGACAAAGCGCACAGCCCGGCCACGCUGCCGGCCACCUCCUCCUCCCUGCCCAGCCCGGGCACCCCGUCCCACGGCUCCCCCAGCUCCACCGGCACCGGCACCGCGCUCAACGGCACCUCGAACUGCCACCCGCUGCCCGCCGCCGCCGCCACCCGGUGCCGCAAAGCGACUGUCAACGGCAGCACGGCCUCAGCCUUGACCUAAGCAGCGAGCGGACAGGGGGACUCCUGGCUGGCUUUUCUAGAUCUCUAUAUAUAUAUAUACAUAUAUAAAUAUAUAUGUGUACAUAGGGAGAAAAAACAAAAGCGAAGCAAAACAAAUUAUACAUACUUAUUUUCUAUCGGUCGACCAGAUUAAUUUAAAGUGCAAAUAAGACACAUAAAGGUGGUUGAAUAUUUUUAAAUGAUUUUUUUUUUUUGUUGUUUUUCCCCCUCUUUUUUCCUUUCAUUUUCAUUUGGGUUUAACUUAUGUAGCUGCAUGACAGAGCUGGGAGCCACUGCUGCCUUCCUUGCUCAGUUUCCCUACCACUUUUCUCUUUCCUCUCCAUCCCUCUCCCCUCAACGGGGCCGUGAGCAGGGGGGGACUCGCAGCUGCACAGGUAAGGGUGAAGCACAGGUAAAGGCCAAGCACAGAAGCCAAAAACUGCCCCUCCAGCCCCCUUGUGCCCGGUGGUUUAUUGCUAUGUUUGUGUUUAUUUCUGUUUUUAGCCCCAGGUUUGAUAACGGGGUGCCCUGGGUCCAUUUGUUGGCAUCGAGCAUCGCUUGCCGGCGUUGCCCCCCCGGCUUUGCCUUGCCCAGCACCUCCCUGUUCCUUUAUCUGCUCUCCCCAUGUGGUCUCUGGAUGGAGUUUCAGGCUCUGCCCUCGUGAAGCCUCAUGCAGACGUUUCCCUUCACGCACAGUAAGUAGGUUGGGUGGGUUUUUCCAUGCAUCUCGGUGGUGAAGGGGCCAACCACGCCAGGGGCAGGAGCACAAGCCCCACUAGAUAUUGCUGCCUCAUCCCUGGAACAGCACUUGGUGCCAACACAGAUUUUGGCUUGGGGGCAUCUAAACCAUUGGGGGCUGUUUUGGCAGCGCUUCAUGAGUCUUUGUGGGACCCAGGAGCUUCAAACCACCCCACGACUGGCUCCCCACAGCUUCAACGCUGCAUUUCAAAGCUUUUCUUUGUGUUCUCCCCUUGCCCUCAUCCUUCCCACCCUCUCCUCCUGCCCCCACAUCGGGUUUUUACAUAAAGAAACUAUAGAGUACAGUGCCUUUAGCCAGGAGGCUUCGGUGAGGGGCGACGGUGGGAAGGUGCUGCCGUGCAUUGGCGGCAGUGGAGCGGCACCAGGGAAGGGACCAACGUUCUACAUGGACCAUUAAAAAGCACACGAGCCCCAGGAGCACAGAGCCGGGGGGUUAUUCCUGCCCUUGCUGGGGAGGGGGACAUAGGACAUAAAACAAGCAAGUGCCUGCAGCACCCAGCCAGCACCCCCACAGCGGCACAGUGAGGACCAAAGGCAAAGCGGCACGGGAAUUGUCUGAACAGCCCAACUCCAAAGGUCAGGAAAUGUGGGAUGUCGUUAGUGUGUUUCUUAAGUAUUGUUAUCUUUUAAGUCAUUUGUUCGAAGUACUGCACCCCCAUCACGGAUGGGACAGCAGCACCAUCGCUGCAGCCCAGCCCUGGGCUCUGGGCACUGGGAAUGGGCUUGGGAAGGGUCCCCAUUGGGGCUUCUUCUGUUCCUCUCCCCCAUCCCCAAGCUGGGGCUGGAUGGGGGGCUCGAAGCGUGUUGGGGGGCUCUGUUUGUCUUGACUUUGACACCCCUUUUCUCCUUGUAAAUAGGUCAGAAUGGACUGAGGGAGGCAGCUGAGGUGCCUCGGUCGGGGCUUGUGGGGGGCUCGGGGCGGGGGGUGUUUUGUUUUCUGUUCUUUCCUAUAUGGUACAAACCAAACUGCUCUGUAUGUUUGCAUCCUGUACGACGUUUUAAUGUCUUGUAAUAUAUUCGGAUAUUCAUAUAUUGUUAUUGGUUAAACAUUUGUAUAACUAUACAGCUUUGUAAAUGUAAUAAAUGCUGCAGAACUGUCGUUCCCUC